UUUCCAACCAAAUCAUUCCUAACUUCAGACUUAGUAUAAUAUAAUUCCAUGAAACUGUACGUGAAACCUAUAUUUUUUUGGUACGGUAGCCACACCACCGCCUGUGUUUCAGUACAUACAGAUUGAUAUAGAGCAUAUAAAAUAUGGCGAAUGAAGAGGAAGUGCCGAAGGUCUUGCCCUUCCAAAGGAAGCUUCUGUUGAUAUUGUGGAAAAAUCUAUGUGUGCUUUUUGGACGCAAAUGCCAGUUGGCUUGUUUAAUAAUAUUUUCUUUAGUAAUUCCACUGUUGCCCUUUUUAAUACGGGCAACACGCACAAUAACAGCAGAAUUUAAGCCGAAACUCGAUGAUGGAAUUAUCUUUCUGUUCUCGCCGCAAAAUAAAAUUUUGGAGUUGCUUGUUAGAGGGCUGUCGUUUCCUGGCUCACAUCAGUAUCAUAUUCAGGGCUUUGUCGAUGCCAGCGCCUUGGAAGAAGCUCUUAACAAUGUUUUGUACAGAGGUGGGUACGGCAUCGAGUUUCCUGACGAGUGGGCCGAUAUAUCCGAAUUUCCGCAAAAUUUUCGGUUUGCUUUGCGGUUUCCCGCCUCCAAAGUAAAGCAUUUUCAUACAAAUCUUCUGAUAUCGCUGAAUGAAGUAGAUGAAUAUUACGGUGAAAGUGGGUUUCUACAUAUUCAGACGGAAAUCAGCUUUCACUAUCUACAGAAAAAGAAUUCUUCCCAAACUUUACAUCGACCAAAACUCAAGGGAAUAUAUGAAAAUGAGAUUUUGCUAUGUAUUUCCUAUUUUUUUAUAUUUUUAAUGGCUGUCUUUUUAUUGCCUUUCACAAUUGAUGUUAAGAGCAUUGUCGAGGAAAAGGAGCUUCAGCUGAAGGAUAUGUUGAAUAUCUUCGACGUGAGCCACUCUCUACAAUGGCUGGCCUGGUAUGUGAAGUCCAUGAUAGUUUUAUUCAUAAUAUCGCUGAUUAUAACGAUUUUUUGGACGGUGAUCCCUAUGGGUCCUUUUAAAAACAAGCCCAUUCUAUGUUACACCGACUGGUCGGUCUUUCUGUUUUAUCUGCUUGUGUGCAGCCACUCCUUCAUAUGUUUCGGGUUCCUGGUCAGCUCCUUCUGCGCUCGCAGCAAUUGGUGUAGCAUCAUUGCCAUCCUUCUGUUCAUAGGCAGCUCUUUGCCCUAUUUUGUCACGAACAAGGAUAGUGCUGGGACACUGUUGAACAUCCUGUGCAGCAUUUGCGUUGUUUCAGCCAUGAACAUGGUCAUGGACCGAAUUGCCGUAUGGGAGCGUGCAUAUCUGGGCUUGCAGUGGAGCAAUAUGUUUAACACAUCAUGGCUUGGUGACAGCAUAAGCGUGGGUGCGAUACUACUAAUCAUGCUGCUGUCUAGCCUGAUCUCGAUCCUCAUCUGUCUGUACAUGGAACGGGUAAGACCAGGGGAGUUUGGCACGCCACAGCCAUGGAAUUUCCCGUGCACCAAACACUUUUGGUGCCCGUCCAAAUACAUGCGACGAAUAUUAUCCCCGCCCGGGCUGUUCACUGUCAGACCCAACGACGAGGAGCGACCUUCCUCAGUUCCAAGUUCCUCCAAGUUCAUCGAUGCCAACGCGGAAGGCAAAACCUCUGGUGUACAAAUCAAAAAUCUCAGCAAAAGCUUUGGCAAACGACAGGUGGUUGCUGGCCUUACAUUCGAUUUGUUUGAGAAUGAGAUCAUGGUGCUCCUGGGACACAAUGGAGCUGGCAAGACCACGACCAUACAAAUGUUAACGGGGACCAUUACACCCAGCUCCGGCACAGCGGUCAUUAAUGGCUACGACAUACAAACCGAACGGCCCCAGGCCCGUCAGUCCUUGAGUAUUUGCCCGCAGAGAAGCGUCUUCUUUAAUGGUUUAAGUGCGGCCAGUCACCUUCGGUUAUACAGCCGCCUCAGGGGCCUCAAGGGGGCAGCGGUCAAACAGGAGGUGAAUUCAUACUUACGGAAACUUAGCCUUACGGAAAAGGCCAAUACCCCUGCCCGGCUUCUGUCUGGGGGGACACAGCGUCGGCUCGCCCUGGCCUGUGCCCUGUGCGGCAACGUCAAGGUUCUGUUCUGCGACGAGCCCAGUUCGGGUCUGGAUCCCUACUCCCGGCUCGAACUAUGGAAGCUCUUGCUGGAUGAAAAGCAGGGACGCACCAUUCUCCUCACCACCCACCAAAUGGACGAGGGCGAGGUAUUGGCUGAUCGCAUUGCCAUCAUAAGCGAUGGCCGGCUCCGUUGCCUGGGCACAUUGGCGUUCCUCAAGAAACAGAACGACACCAGUUAUCUGCUCACUUGCGAGAAGGGCCCCAAUUGCAACGUGUCCAGGUUGACCCAACUGAUAGCCGCCCACGUGCCCUACACUCGUCCACAUAGCAACAUCGGAUCUGACGUGUCCUAUCGAUUGCCGCACCGCUUUUUAGGAUCCUUUGGGCCACUCUUCAAAGACUUGGAGCAGCAGAAGGAGCAGCUGGAUGUUGUGGGAUUUGGUCUUAGCUCCACCAGUCUGGCAGAAAUAUUUAUGUCGCACGGUGCGGAAGAUCUUGGGAGUGGGGGUCGCACUAGCGGCGGCGGCAGUUCGGAUGAGCAGAGCCAAAGCCAGGAACAAAGCCGUCAUCCAAACCGUUGCUUGCGCUACCUGAGCCAAUGGGAGGCUAUGCUGCUGAAGAAGUUUCUCUACACUUAUGAUAGGAAAUGGAUGUUUCUGGUUAUCCUGCUGGUGCCCAUAGUCCUAUGCAUCGUGACUCUUCUUCGUAGGUCAUCGGAUAGCUCAUGGCUGGCCAGGCUACCGCUAACAAUAGCCGAUUAUAAAAGUGAGGACGUCAAAGUAAUAUUGCAAUUGAAAUCGGACACUCGCCCAUUGCGGGAUAUAGCCAAUGCCUACCAAGAGUUGGCCCAGCAAUACUGCACCGUCGAAAGAACAAGCCAGAAUGUAGAAGACUACAUCGGCCCUGGACAAGAAACGCUCGAGAGGAUAUACGCAAUGAAGAACAGUCUUAUAGCGGCAGCCACCAUCGACCAAGAGACGGUCGUCUUGAGUAGAAAUGAUCUCUUCGUGCAUAGUGCUCCUAUUUCGCUCAACCUCGUGUUCAACGCCAUGGCCAAGGCGAUGGUGGGUCCCGAGGCGAGCAUAGAGGUAACCAAUGCUCCCUACGAUAUGCCGAAUGAAGAACCGUCUUUUGAAGAAAUGGCAAAGCCUGUCGUCGCGGGUGGUUUUAUUAUUAUAUAUCUGUGCAUUGUCCUGGCGCUAUUCGCCAUCUUAGUGUCGCAGGAGAAGGGAACUCAGAUUCGUAUGCAGCAACAGGUGUCCGGCGUGGACAUGACCACCUACUGGCUGUCCCACUUUAUUACUGACUUGGCCGUCUACUUUGUAAUUGUGAUGGCACUGACAUUGGCGGUGCGGGAAGUGUGCAAACCCGGGGAGAUGCUGUUGAUACUCAUGAUCAUUGGAGUGGCGGGUCUGCCCUUUACCUACAUGCUGGCAUGCCUUUUCGGAGAUUCCGGCUCGGCCGUGAUGAUAAUUACCAACAUCAACAUUGUAUUCGGUAUAGGUUUUUCGAUAAUGAUGCCAUUGUUUGCGGCAACUUCUUAUGCACUAACUUUUAAUGUGAUUGCAUGGAUUGCUUACUUGUGUCCUGUUUUUACUGCUGUUUAUGCGGUCGCAAACUGCAUUAUAAGGUUUAAACAUUGCAGUUCUCCUGUGCUUAAACCAAAUAAUUUUCCAUUUGCGGAAUGUACUCCCAUAAAAUCCGCAUUGUUUACCACUUGCGCUUGCCGUGACAUUUGGUCUUGGGUGGAGGUGUGGUAUUUGCUUAUCACUGGUAUUAUGUACUUGUUGAUGCUGAUUUUCGGCGAAUGCACAACCACGUUGUGGUAUGGCAUAAAGUAUAUUAUUUGUAAAAGAAGAAAGAAUGAAACAAGCUACGAUGAAGAUGUGGCUGCUGCAGCCGAAAGGAUAAGUAAAAUGUCGAUCAAGGAUCGCAACGAGCAUGCUUUGGUCGUGAACCAGGUCUCGAAAAGAUUCUGCCGCACGUCAGCUGUACGUGGAAUAUCUUUCUCUAUCAAACCGGGUGUGUGCUUUGGUCUUCUGGGCGCCAAUGGGGCCGGUAAAACGACUACCUUUAAGAUGAUUGUGGGCGACAUUGCCAUGACGAUGGGGAGUAUUCACGUCAAAGGCUUCAGCAUAAAAUCCAACCCCACGGCAGCGAGAAAGGAGAUGGGCUACUGCCCACAGCACGACACGCUCUUCGACUUCUGCACUGGCCGGCAAACACUCAAAAUCUUCCUUUUGUUGCGCGGCACACCCCGGAAUCUCCUCAGAAAAGCUUCCGAAAAGUUGGCCUCCGACUAUGGGUUUCUUGUGCACCUGGACAACAAGGUCAAGGAUUACAGUGGCGGCACUAAGCGAAAGUUAAAUGCAGCAGUGGCCGGUGAGGGCACGUCGCUCAUUUGUUUGGACGAGCCUAGCUCUGGGAUCGAUCCGGCGUCCCGGCGCCAUGUGUGGAAUGUCCUCUCCUCACUGCGCGACAGUGGGAAGGCGGUGCUACUUAGCUCUCAUAGCAUGGAGGAGGUGGAGGCCCUGUGCACGGAAUUGGCUAUUAUGGUGGAUGGGCAAAUUCAUUGCCUGGGAUCGCAGCAGCGCAUCAAGAAUAAGUUUGCCCAAUGUCUGGUGCUCAAGUUGCAUGUGGAGACGAGUCUGGAAAGCAUGGCGCCCACUAUACAGAAGAUAAAGAAUCAAAUGGAAUUAGACUAUCCCAAGGCAUCGCUAGAGGAAGAGUUUGGUGGCAGGCUCACUUACCACAUACCCACUGCCAAGCAUAGAUGGUCGAGUGUAUUCUCAUACGUUGAGAGGAACCGCAGCCCCUGGAAGUUGGCAGACUACUCUCUGACGCAGCCGUCGCUGGAAGAUGUAUUUCUGGACAUUGCCAAGAAGAAAACUGAAGAAAAGAAUCAACAAAAGAAUCCAAACAUGCAACCAGGGAACUCUGCUACCAAUAAGCUACCUGCUUCGAAAUCUGAUCAGGAUACUGGAAAUGUUGUAGUGGAAAAUAAUGGUCGCACCUCUAGGGGAACCAAUACAUAAGCCUGUAACAAUGUAAAGUGGGGCCUUGUCUAUUAAUAAUUGCAUCUAAUAUGAAUAUAUCUAAAAUAUUA